CCAGAGCUGUCUGUGUGUGCUCAGAAAAACGCCCUGUGUGCUUGUCUGACAUACUUCACCACACAAACCACCAUGUAUUCAGUUAGACUUUCACAUCAACAUCCUCAUUCGUACCUGCUGUCUGUCUGCUAGCUCGCUGUAGCUCUCACAACAGUCGGAAAUCAUUCUCUGCCUUUUUCGAAAAUGCAGGAGAGCUCUGCUUCCAAAGGUGAAAAGACUCCAUGGACAAGACCUAGACGAUGGUUGUGUUUUUGGAUACUGUUACUCGUGAUGGUACCGUUAAUUAUGAUCUACAGUUCGAGCCCCAAAGUAUCAUGGCCUUUGAAGUUUUGGACGACACACUCACAUUCAAGCCAAUCUUACAGCAAUAAGACUACUACAGUCCACAGUGUCUCCCCAGAUGCCCCAGAUGGCACUUCAGCAUACUUUGUUGCGUACCCGCGCCGGUAUGGCUUCGUUUUGGACGAACCCCAUAGAUGUCAGCAGGAAAGCCCAUUCUUGGUUCUUAUGAUCCCAGUCGCACCCCACAACAGAGAGGCCCGUGAUAUAAUCCGCAACACGUGGGGCAAAGAAACUACUGUGCUUGGCAGAGUGGUCAGCCACUACUUCCUGCUGGGACUGUCCAAAGAGCAAGAUGGGACAGAAACCAUUAAGGAGCAAGUGUUACAAGAAAGCCAGAGACAUCGUGAUAUUCUCCAGAGUGACUUCUUGGACAGCUACAAUAACCUCACCAUUAAAACCAUGGUCAUGUUUGAAUGGCUCAGCUCCCAUUGCCCCAACACCUCCUACGCCAUGAAGAUUGACUCGGACAUCUUCCUCAAUGUCCACAACCUCGUUGACAUGCUUUUGAAAGCCCCCCGACAUCUCUACAUGACAGGAAUGGUGGCAAGGGGUGCUGCUGUUCUCAGAGACCCUAACUCAAAGUGGUUUCUUCCGGUGUCUGCCUUCCCUGAUUCUAGAUACCCACCGUAUGCCCUGGGACUGGGCUAUGUGUUCUCACUGGAUUUACCCAAAAAGAUACUGGAGGCAUCUGCACAUGUUAAAGCUGUUUACAUUGAAGAUGUGUACGUGGGACUGUGUAUGAGGCAUUUGGGAAUCGCACUGACAGAUCCUCCUCAUGGUAGUUUGUUUAGGGCAGAUAUACCUUAUUGGGUAAGCAACUGUUACUGGACCUCUGUCAUUACAACGUUACUACAGAACUCUAACCAACUUUCAGAUGUAUGGGGAACAUACCAGACUCAAGCACAAAGUGGCUGUUAACACUUUCGCCCGUGCCUUACAAAAACUAUGUAACUGCAUAGCCCUGUUGCACAGCACAGCAGUUACAACACCACUCUGUUUACAUCAUAAGUUGCCGCUUUGAUUGCUGCCUUUUUUUCAUCUUUGAAGUACGGGCGGGACUUUUGAUAUCGAAACAACAGAGAUUGUGAGACAUAUACAUUUUCAGGCUUAGCAAAAUGUGUUUAUAUCUUCGGUGUUUGCGAAGAUUGCACAAAUGAUUGUAAAGAUGUCAAUAAUUUUAAGAUUUUGGGAUGGAGAUCAGUUUUUUUAUGAAUUGCUCUUGUGUCCAUAUAGCACAUAGAAUGUAACAAAUGUAAUUAAACAGGGAGUUAGCAGGCCUGGUAGUUACCACACUGUGAACUGAUGGAGUUGUCUGGGGAGUAAAGCCCCUAUAUGUAGAAUAUUAUUUUAAUUUCAUGGCAUGAAGGAAAAUGAUUGUCUAAAGGGAAAUGAUUAGCACAAACAAACAGUCAUGCAUAAGAUUGCGUGACUGACUUUCAUCACUGAAACUUCCCUUAGAGGAAGAGGCCGACCUAACACUACUGCUGCAUAGCAGAGUGCAUUGAAAGGUACACAACUGCACACAUUAGACAGUUUACACAGUCUGCUGCGGAACAGCUGUAGUUACUACAACUCUGGAAUAAUCUGAAUAACCACGACAUUAUUGGCGUUAACUGUCAGGACUACCAGAAUAUUCACCAGCAAAUUAAAUUUGUAUAGUGGCGCCCUCGGCUGUAAACAGAAGAGCAUGAUAGCGUCACUGAAUAUGACGUGAGCAAGCAUAAUAACAGUAACUGAACAAAAAAUAUUUUUCACACUUUGUUUGCAUAUUAAAGUUCCACCCAAAGACAUGCAUGUGUUUCGCAAAGAUCUGAUGUGUAAUUAGAUAGUGAGUUGUUACAUGAGACAAAGAUCUGAUAAUUAAGUGAGGAUGUGUUUGUUUACUGAGCGAUGUAAAGUGCUGAAUCAGAGUGAAAGACUUGGCGUGCCAUGUGGCUAUUAUCUUAGGUACUUUUAUGUAUGUUCUGUGCUAAAUCUACGGUAUUUGUCUUUGAAAAUACAGCUAAAUUGAUAAGAAGAAAUAUGCAGUACAGUAACUAUUGUGCAAAUAAUGAUGUAUAAUGGAAUACAAUAUAUUUCUUUAAAAUGUUUUUCCCAGUUGUCCAGUAUACGCAAAUAGAUUUUGACAAGUAAGCUUCAACAAAACCGACUAAAAAUACACUCUGACAGACCUAUGUCCUAAAAAUUACAUUCCUAGACAAAAAAAAAUGCAUUCUCAAUUACGUAUUAAGGAAAAGAUAUUUUGUCCUUGAUAACGUUUGUACUUGAUGUAUCACAAAUACGAUUCUAAUCAAAGUCCACCAAAGUCUGCAUAGGGAGUAGGUCGGGGUGAAUGGACACCCAGGAGACCACUGUUCAUGUCCUGUGUGAACCCAACAGUCAACGUCGACUUACGUCACAUACUUAUACUUAUAUACGUAACUUUAUAUAAUGUAACAAACGUACUUAUUUGAAUCCAUCAAAUCAACCAUCUUUUCCUAAACCUAACCAAGUAGUUUUGUUUCAAUUCACGACGUUAACCAUGUGUUUUAAAAUGCGACUGUUAUGCACAGACGCUGGAAAAUAAAUUUCCCUCACAACGCAAUUGAGAAUGCAGAAUCGUUCCGGGAACGUAAUUUUUUAGGAGUCGGGGUUCCGUUUUGUUGGAGCUGUUUUAGAGAAGAUACAGUUGAUUCAACGUUAUGGUCAUUUAAUUGUUGCAGUUUGUGGUGCUGUUGAAUUUCAUCACGCUACACUGAGAGUUGUUUCUAAUAUUUAGUAUACCCUCAUUCUUAUAAAUUAGUUUUUUUAGCUACUCUAGAGGCAUGGCUCUGAUGUUGGCAAUGUCAGUUCGUCAAUCGCUCAGUCCACCACUUUGGCCCAUACUAAAAUGUCUCAACUACUGAAUGGAUUACUAUGUAAUUUUGUACAUCAUUUAUUGAUCCCAAAGGAUAAAUCAUACAGACUUUUAUUGAUCCUUUGACUUUUCUUUUCGCACUAUUGUGCAGUUGUUAUUUUUUGGGUUUGUGUGAAAUUUGUUGAAAUUUCAUCUGUUAAAUGAAAUGCCAUGAAAUUUAAUGCAAAUAUUCAAGGUCCACAGAGGAUGAAUCCUAAUGUCUCAGAUUAUGUCUUCACUAUUUAUCUAAUGCCACCAGCAGAUCAAUGUUUUUACAUAUCCAGUGACAGCUCGACAUCUACUUGAUAGAUUGGCGCCAAAUUUUGUAGACACUCAUGGUCCCCAGAAGAUGUUUUCUAAUUACUGUGGUAAUCCCUUGACUUUUCCUCUAUCGUCAUCAGCAGGUUGAUAUUUUUGGUUCCGUGUGAAAUGUCUUUUCUUUUUUUGGACUGACUGCCAUAAAAAUUUGGAAUGGACUUUUCUGUUCCCCAGAGGAUACACAUUGUAAUAACUUCAGUGAUUACAUAACUUUGACAAUUGCCCAAUAAUGGGAUUUAAAGAAAAAAGAAAAUAUAUUAUAAUGAAGUCAAAUUUUGUAGGUAGGGUAGAUUACAUGUACUGUAAAUGCCCUUCCAUUUAGCCAUUUAAUAACUAAAUGCCUAUACUUCAUCCGAAGAGGUCUUCUCAGCUGACAAAAUGGGAAAAACUGGACAUUUUUCUAUCCAGUGGUGUAGUGGUAUUUUGAUCAGCUGUAAAUAUUUUUUAAGUGCAUCACAAACAAUGAAAGGACCUUUCCUAACCAAACACA